CUACUCACUGUUGCUAAAACGAGGUUCGCACAGUAUGGCUGCCAAUUGAUAGAAAUAAGGCUGUAUUAUGUAUAACUUUGAUAUAUUUCUCGCAGAUCAGAUACUAGUUAGAAUAAUCAAGGUCAUGUAGACUGCAAAUCAAUGUAGUGUGUGGAGUAUAGAAAUUGUGCUGUUGAAGUCUAUUGAGUGUGAAAAUAACUUCAAUUUUAUCAAUCAUAACUAAUGAUGCUUAAGAAGGAUAGGCAUCUAUAAUAGGAUUCCAUCUUUUUAUUUUCUUAAAUGAUAGAUGGUAGAAAUUUAAAGGGUCUUAAUACCCUUUACUAUACAUGCCCUUCCAUAUGGGUAUCUGGAAAAGACUUCAGAACAGGGCAUACAUUGUCCUAGCUAUUUAAAGCCGAAGAUUCAAGCAGAUUGCUUACUCUAGUACACAGCUAUCAUAAUGCCAUCAAUAUCAACAGAGAGCGCCUCAAGUUGUAAAGUAGGAGAUAGAGAAUGGUAUUCAUUCCUUGCCUCCAGCUUGGUAACUUUUGGAAGUGGUUUUUUUGUGAUUCUGAUCUACCGUAUUGUGGUGUGGCUAUGUUGUAGGAAGAAAAAAUGUUUGAAUGUAGCCUCAUCUAGUGCAAAGGCAAAUUUGGAUCAAAAGCACUUUCUGAAGUCAUCAGAUCCAGAAAUAGGAUGGAUGACAGAGGCAAAAGACUGGGCUGGAGAAUUAAUAUCAGGGCAGACAACAACAGGACGAAUACUUGUAGGACUGGUGUUUUUGCUGAGUAUAGCAUCUUUGAUAAUAUAUUUUAUUGAUGCAUCUACGAACACAACAGUUGAAACGUGUCUCCCCUGGUCUUCCAGUACUACUCAACAAGUAGACUUGGCAUUCAAUGUUUUUUUUAUGAUUUAUUUUUUUAUUAGGUUUGUUGCAGCUAACGAUAAAUUGUGGUUUUGGGUAGAACUUUUUUCAUUUGUGGAUUACUUUACAAUACCACCAUCCUUUGUUGCCAUUUAUCUUGAUAGGAACUGGCUAGGACUCAGAUUUUUGAGAGCACUUCGGUUAAUGUCAAUCCCUGAUAUUCUCACUUAUUUAAAUGUAUUGAAGACCAGUACAUUGAUAAGGCUUGUUCAGCUCGUAGUUUCCUUUGUUUCAUUAUGGCUAACAGCAGCUGGAUUUUUACAUUUGCUGGAAAACUCAGGUGACCCUUUUUUUAACUUCAGCAAUAUACAGAAAUUAACAUAUUGGGAAUGUCUCUACUUUCUUCUUGUAACUAUGUCAACUGUUGGCUUUGGAGACAUUUAUGCUACUACUGUGCUUGGCAGAACAUUUGUAGUCAUCUUCAUCAUGAUAUUUAUCGGUUUGUUUGCCAGUUUUAUACCAGAAAUUGCUGAGAUAUUAGGUAAAAGGCAGAAAUAUGGCGGCUCAUAUAAAAAAGAAAGAGGAAAACGACAUGUUGUAGUUUGUGGAUAUAUAACCUAUGACUCAGUGUCCAACUUUUUGAAAGAUUUUUUGCACAAAGACAGAGAAGAUGUUGAUGUUGAAAUUGUUUUUUUACACAAGGGUUUACCUGGAUUAGAAUUAGAAGGGCUGUUGAAACGACAUUUUACACAAGUGGAGUAUUUUUGGGGUUCUGUAAUGGAUGCAAAUGAUUUAGAACGUGUGAAGAUACAACAAGCAGAUGCAUGUUUAGUUUUAGCAAACAAGUAUUGUCUUGAUCCUGAUCAAGAAGAUGCUGCAAAUAUUAUGAGGGUUAUCUCCAUAAAAAACUACCAUUCUGAUAUUAAAGUAAUUGUACAACUGCUGCAAUACCACAACAAAGCUUACUUACUAAACAUCCCUAGCUGGGAUUGGAAAAGAGGAGAUGAUGCUGUUUGUGUGGCAGAAUUAAAACUUGGGUUUAUUGCCCAAAGCUGUUUAGCUCCAGGAUUUUCCACUUUGAUGGCUAAUCUUUUCACAAUGCGAUCUUACAAACCAACACCAGAAAUGGCACAAUGGCAGACAGAUUAUAUGAGAGGCACUGGAAUGGAGAUGUACACUGAAUAUUUAUCUAGUGCUUUUAACUCAUUAACCUUUCCAGAGGCAGCUGAGCUCUGCUUUACCAAACUUAAACUACUAUUGUUAGCCAUUGAAGUCCGUCAGGAAGAUACCAGAGAAAGCACUUUGGCUAUCAAUCCAGGGCCAAAAGUAAAAAUUGAGAAUGCAACACAAGGUUUCUUCAUAGCAGAAUCUGCAGAAGAAGUAAAAAGAGCAUUUUACUACUGCAGAACUUGUCAUGGAGAGGUAACAGAUGUAAGGUUAAUUAAAAAAUGCAAGUGUAGACCACUUGCAAUGUUCAAGAAGGGAGCUGCAGCAGUUCUAGCACUUCAAAGAACACCAGGUCUAUUAACAGAGCAAGAAGCUGAAACUGAUAAAGAUAAAGAAAAGAAAUCUAAAGACUCUAAAGAAACGAAUAUGAAUGUAGUCACAACAAAGCCAACAACAAGCUCAUUUGCCUCUAGUGAUGAUAGCCAGUCAGGCCUGAGUCUUGACCGGCAUCAGAUGCGGGAUGAGAAGAAUUAUCUUUUGUUAAAAACCAAGAAAAAGGAGAAAGAAACUGUACUGGUUUUGGAUGCACCAAUGAAGUCUCGACUUUCCAUGCCUGCUGCUAAGCCAAAGCCACAAGAAGAGCCAGCACCAGCACUACCUAUACCAAUGGAUGAGCCAAGAAAAUUUGAUUCAACUGGCAUGUUUCAUUGGUGCCCAGACAGACCCCUUAAUGAUACAUUAUUGGACCGAAGUCAGGCAUCGUCUAGUGGAUUACGAAACCAUGUCGUUGUAUGUCUCUUUGCUGAUGCAGCAUCACCUUUGAUUGGUCUUAGAAAUUUAGUGAUGCCUUUACGAGCAAGCAAUUUUCAUUACCAUGAGCUCAAACAUGUAAUUAUUGUUGGCAAUUUAGAAUACCUGCAUAGAGAGUGGAAGACACUGCAAAAUUUUCCUAAACUUUCCAUCCUACCGGGCUCACCUUUAAAUCGUGCAAAUCUUCGAGCUGUGAACAUCAACCUUUGUGAUAUGUGUGUAAUUGUAUCUGCAAAAGAUCGAAAUAUGGAAGAUCCCAAUUUGGUUGAUAAAGAAGCCAUACUUUGUUCUUUGAAUAUAAAAGCUAUGACAUUUGAUGAUACUGUUGGUUUAAUACAGUCUUCAAGCAAUACAAAAACUUUUGUACCUGGAGGAUUUUCACCCCUCUUAGAAGCAAAAAGAUCACAAGCAGGUGCAAAUGUUCCACUUAUUACAGAACUUGCCAAUGACUCGAAUGUACAAUUCCUUGAUCAAGAUGAUGAUGAUGACCCUGACACAGAACUCUACAUGACUCAACCUUUUGCAUGUGGGACAGCAUUUGCUGUCAGUGUCCUUGAUUCUCUAAUGAGCACAAGCUAUUUCAACGACAAUGCCCUCACGUUAAUAAGGACAUUGAUAACUGGUGGAGCAACACCAGAACUAGAACAAAUCUUGGCCGAAGGUGCCGGGAUGAGGGGAGGAUAUUGUUCUCCUGCUGUAUUAGCUAACAGAGACAGAUGUAGGGUGGCCCAAAUAUCAUUAUUUGAAGGGGCAUUAUCUCAGUUUGGGGGUGGAAAGUAUGGAGAUUUGUUUGUGCACGCCCUGCGCAACUAUGGAAUUCUAUGCAUUGGGUUGUACAGAUUUAGAGACACAAAUGAAUCAGUGCGUAGUCCAUCUUCCAAGCGCUAUGUUAUCACUAAUCCACCAGAGGACUUUCUUUUGUUGCCAACAGACCAGGCCUUCUGUCUUCAGCCUUUUAACUACAAUGAUAUUGUAAGAAAGAUGAAACGUCGUCCCAAGAGUAGUGGGCAACGAAGUGAAAAUAGUGAAACCGAUAUCUAAAAUUCGAUCAAUAUAAUUGUAGUUAAUCACUCGUCACCAUUCAUUUUACUGACAUUGAAGGAAUUUAUUGGCUACCAUUGGUGGAAUAAAAUAUAUUUUUAAAGAGGUCUUUAGGAUUAAAGUUCUAUUUUUUUAAACUAUUGCUGCAGUUAAUGCGCUAUUUUUUGUUACCAGUUGCUGUGCUUACUACAUCUUUCUUUAUUUAAAGAAAAGAAAAAAAAAUUCUCAUGAUUAUUGUUUGGUAAAGUUUGCUUUUGCAUAAAUUUCUGUUUGAAUUCCAUGAUUUUAACUAACAAAAGCUAAUUCCAACAUUAAUUGUUUUGAAUCAAUCAGGCUGCAAAAACUUAAUUUUAUUUAUGUUACAAAAAAAGUUUUAAAGUGGUUUACAUUGUUCUUAAAAUGAACAUCUGCUUUGGUUUUGUGUUGACAACUUAUCAAAUUAUAAAUUUCAAAAGCAGCUGUCAACUUUUUAUCAUGACUUGAACCUGGUUACGUUGAUUAAAUGAAAGCACUAUUUGAGACCUAAUACCACCAUUUUAAAACAAUGUUAUCGAAAGAAGGUGAUUUCAAUAAUUUUUUUAAAAAUCCACUGGUGGUAGCCCAUAAUCAAACAACUGAUUACUUUAUUUGUAUAUACAUAAAUCAACAUAGCCAUCUUUUUUAGUCUGUUUUAAAGUUUUAUUUUCCACUUGAGGGUCAUAAAACUUUUAAUAGAUAUUAUCAUAUAAAUGCCCUAUUUCUUUUCAUACAUAAUGCUUUUUUGUUUGUUAGUACUUACUUUUGUAAAAUAAAAUAUAAUUGAGUUAUUUCAAUUAAAAUAAAAAUAGGACUAAGCUCUAGAAUUUUAUGCAAUAAGAUUUCAAUAUCUUAAAAGUAAGCAGUUGUCUUUUCUUGUAAGUCUUAGGCAGGGUAUAAUGAAAAUAGACAUACACUUUUUCAAUAUAUGAAAGUGUGUGGACCAUAAUAUAUACAUCAUAGCAACCAGAUAAACAUCUCACUGAUUCCUAAAAAAAUGUUCUUUACUAUUACUGGUUGAAAUAUAUAAUAAGUAUAUGAUACCCAGGGUGCUGUAAAGGUAAUGUUUCUAUUUUGUAUAUUGAAAUUUUUAAAACAGGACAUUUAAAUAAGAAACUAUAUGAAGAGAACUGAAGACUUAAGAUCAUUUAAAAAAUGUAUUACCUGCUUUUUACAGAAACAGAAAUGGAAAAUUAUCAACAUUGAAAUACAUUUAUAUUAGCAGUGUUUAAAAUUAUUUUUUUUACAGAUCUAUGUUUUAAAAGUAUAAUUUUAAAAAUAAUUUUCAAUAUAUUUAUAUAAUUUUUAGAAUUUAAUAUAUGAUGUGUCCAUAAAUAAUUAUAUCACUGAAAAGAUUUUAGUUAUGAUUAUUCAUAUAUUUCAAGUGCAUAUUAAAGCAAACAUUAUUGAAGGAAAAGAUUCCUUAGAAAAUGAGGAGAUUAAAGAUAAAAUUUUGUACUGUUGAAGUACUCUUCAAGACAUAAAGAUUUAAUUAGAAACUGGAAAAGUGUAUUAUGCUAUCAAGAUUGCAUGUUUGUUCAUUAGUGGUAUAGACUGCAAUACAUCUGUUAAUUUCUGAAUUUACAAACAUUUUAAUACAGCAACUUUCAGGCAUAGCCAUGUAAUAACAAUUUAUCUUUGUAGCGUCCUAUUUGUAUGUCAUAAAUGGCUGUAGAUUUAACUAUUUUUAAAAUGAAGAAAAAAGUAAGAUGUGAAUGUUUAUUGCUCUAUAUAUUCAUUAUUUUAUCAUGUGAAAGAUUUAAUUUUCAACUUAAUUUUCAUUUUCAUGAUUCAGUCAACAUUAAUCAUUUAAUUACAUUUUUAAUUUUUUAGUCCUCAUGUAAAGUCUUAAAAUGGUGAUUGACUUGUAAAUAUGUUUGAUAGAACUUGAUACAGUAUUUGAAUAAGAGUUUUUAAUAAGAGUCUGAAAGAAUGAAUUACUGGUUUUAAAUCAAAAUUUGUUUACCAAUUAUUUUUAAUGUACAAGUGCACAGCCUGUUAAUUAUCAAAUGUUUGGUAUAGAUUACUUGCUGUGCCUUCAGAUUUAUUGUGCUUGUGAGUUUUUUUUUUUGGUACAUAGCUAUCGACAGUAAUUUCACAAUUUAACAAAAAAAAUCACAUUUGUAAGUUACUGCACUAAAAUAACUACUUGAAAAGGUGAUUGUUUUGUUUGUAAAUAGUAUGAAAGUGAUUUGAAAUAUUUUAAAAUGAUUUUUCCUAAGUUCUCCCAUGUAUUACCUAUAUGCAAUUGAUUCAAUAAAUAAUAAUUAGUGUUAACCAAAAUCUUGAGGUUGAUGAAUUGACUAACAUUUUGAAUUUAGUUUUUUUUUUUUUGUUUGAACCCAUGUGUUACUGUACUGAAAGGUGUGUAGCUUGUGUUUGUAUAAAUGUACAGAAAUAGUUUGUGGUGUGCAACAGCAAAUUUACUGAACUAAAGUAGAUGGUAACAAUUUGUAUAUCUAGUUUAGCCUGUGAUUAAAAAUAAGUAAAUAUUAAGUAGUUCACCCAGUCUGUUUAUCAUCCAACAUCUUUUACCUUAUAUUUACAAAUUAAAUAUUUAGAUGUAAAUAGGUAAUGUAGGCGCUCUGCAUGAACUGUGAUAUGUACAAAAACGUUUUAGCAAACACUUGUUUACUUAUAUUCUUGGUAAGCUGUUGAUGUAGUUCACUUUUGUCUCCCACUAUGGGUUUUCUUAUGUUGGUCUGUAGCACACACAAGUAUUGAAGUAAUACAAUUACUUUCUUCCAAAGUUGAUUUGUUUAUAUAAUAUAAAUUAUAAAUAGCUAUUUCCAUGAAAAUAAAUUAUAUGUGGGCUUGAGAUUUUUAAAAUUGUUGAUAUAAAUUACAUGCCUCUACACUUUGCUUGAACAGUGUAUCAUACUUUUUAUAUCACCACUUUGCAUGUUAUGCUAUCAGUUUUAAAUAUGCAGAUCAGUUAUGAACAAUAACGUUUAUCUUUAAUUCCCAUCAGUUAAAAUUUAAUUAACUGAAAAAUAAACUUCUAAUUACUUUUCAUUUUUGAAAACUACAUACACAGCAAGCCUUUAAAAUACUGAUAGAAACAUUGUUAAAAAUUAAACAUGAAAGUCAAUUUAAAUGUCACACCAGUAUUCAGACAUCAAUGUUUUUUAUGAUAAAAAAUUAACUACAUUAGGGUCCAUACUGAAAAUAAUUUGUAUCCUGCUAGAAUAGCUAUGUUAUGUGUCUGUUCACAUUUUUAAUAAUGCAGAAACAUUUAAUAAAAACUUGAUACUACUAGAGCAGUAUUUGCUUAUGGUGUGAAGUUUGCUUUGGAAUAUACUCUUAAUUAAUAGAUAGGCCUACAUACUGUUGCACCUUGAAUAUUAUGUGUUAAAAUGUGUUUUUUUUUGUGAAUUCAAGAUAAGUAAAAUUAUUUUAACAUCAUGUAACAUCUUGAAACAAGUAGUAGAAAGAAGUCGGUGUCCACAAUGUGUAUUGUAGAUCUAGAAUCUCGAUAUAUUUGUAUGUUUACAGUAUUCAUGCUACAAUAGAAUAGUUAGGUUCUAAACUGACCUAUUAGAAUGUUAAUUUCCUCUCUAACUUGUCAGUAUUAUAUUUUAAAUCUAUCAGCAUUGCUAAAAAUAUUAUCCACUACAUUUAAUAUUUCAUUUUAUCUGGAAACAUAUUAUUUCAUAAAAAGAAUGCUGAUGCGUUAAUUUUAGCUUCAAUUUGAUAAAGCUAAUAUUUCAUUUAAGCUAAUGACAUUUUUUUUAUUAAUGCUAAUCACUAGCCUUUUCAACAAAGGUAUUAAAAUAUAUCCAUAGAUAAAAUCAAAACAAGUAGUGUUUAUUGUAACAAGAUAUGUAAAACUUGUUUCAUAUCCUUUAAACCUCUUGCACAGCAUGCUUACAAUAUGAACAUGGUGUAAUUCUGAACUAAUGAAUUUCAAUCAAAUAUAAGCUUUACUUUAUUCCAAUAAAUCUGUACAUACUUUUUCCAAGAUAGUCAGUUUUUAGCAAGUUGCAUUUUCUGUUUUGGAUUGGAUUUUGAACAAACCUUUAUUCAUUGUCUGGAUUGUGUUAUCUCACUUGUUUUCCCAGAUUUAUCUGUUCUUUGCUCCUCAUUUUCAACUAUUUGCUCCCAUUUUUUUACAUGCCCUAUUUUAAAAAAUAAAAUUUCUUAAGAACAAAUA